GCACAUUUUGGGCGGUCAGCUGACCAAGCAGUCACGGGGUUGUAUUGCUCAGUCAUUCCCCUUAAUACCGGGAGGGCUGUGGGUGUGCAAAACAGACCGGACUUGGAGCAGCACGAGAAGCGCAUCUGCUCCCCGUCGGUACCUGAGAGUUGCUACGAUCCAGCCCAUCCGCCGCCGUCAUGGGGCUCCGCUCUUUAAUCCUGCUCGCGUCCCUGGUGGUCGCUAGCUCGGCGCUCAUCAGGUGAGGGUCGCCUUCCUCUCGCACAGUCGCCAAGCGCUCGGGGUUCCUUGGCUGGCGGAGGAGACUGGAAAGAAGAGGGGGCGGCGGGGGGAGAUACGGAAAGCUUUCUUUGCAACCUGGAGGGAACUGCAGGGUUGUUGUGUUUGGAGUAAAAUGGAGCCCCGUGCCUGCUGAUCAACGGCUUAGCUUCUCACCCAGGGAGGGCGUGUCCGAAAGAGCGGACAUCUCGAGGGCUCCGUCAAGUUCAGCUCGUGGCGUGCUGCCCUCGAGUUGCAGCCUGGCGGGAUCUGGAGGGGCUGGGCGGCUCUGCUGUCAUCUGCCCGGUUGCACGGGCUCUCAGACGAGGGAGCAGGAUCCUUUCCUUGAAGGGGGGAGUGUUGAGGGUUCAGUUAAAAGGAAGGUUGGGGCAGCCCCAAAGGAGGGUUAAAGUGUGCUCCAGGGAGCUUGGAUCCGUGUGUACAUCUGCCCAAAUAUGCUGGUAGGCCUCUCCCCUCCAAGCAUGUUUUAUCUUUUAAGAAAAUAUCACGAAAUUCACUUCCUUGUAAGGGGUUAGGGUUGUAGGCUGAUUUAGCAAAGAAUACAGGCUGUUGCUGUCAGGGUAUAAUUUCUGCCACCCCCUUGGUACCCAAUUUUGUGAUACUCCUGGCUCUCCUUGUGCCAACUCCAUAUAAAAUGUAAUGGAGGGGGGCCAUAAAGAUUUGAGGAUAGGUAGAGGGAGGAUUUUAGAGAUCAAGCUGCUGUGCAAACCAAGAUUUAGUUGAUGUGUGGCAGGAAGUUAUUGAAAGAAGUAACACCCUCAGGAGGUAUUAUGCUCCGUAGGCAAGUUGUCUUUGACAAGACGAUUCUAUGCAGGUUUACUGAGAGAGACCCAGUUAGUUUAGUGAGGGUAACUUCCAUGUCAGUGUACCUAGGGUUGCAACUUGAGCAUGAGAAGUAGUACUGAGCGGCCUGUGAAUCUUCUCCUUUCUCAGAUACUUAUUAACAGGACUUACUUAUUUCAUACAGUUUAUAUACUGCUUGACUAUGAAAACAGCAACCUCAGAGUGGUUUACAAAAAGAAUAAAGCAAUAGAAUUGGUUAAGAACAAUAGAUGUUACCCAAAAAACCAAAUAACCCAGCCUUAAUCUAGUGAAUGUGAAAGCGCUGCUUAGUUUAUACAUACUUUCAGAAAAACUGCAAGCACCAAGGGCUUGAGGUAAGGAGCCUUGAACAUUGAGACAGUGCCCCACUGAUGGAUCACAUAAGAAACAGAGCUCCAAGAGUAGAUUUUUAUAGGCACAGGCAUUGUAAAACUCUGCUCACUUGGUUUCUCACACCUACCCCACCCCUGCUUUCACACACACAUGAGACAACACCUGUUUGAAGAGAUGGCACUCGGAUAAAGACUAACGCCAUCACAUGUUCAUAGUAAGCAAACGAGUUUGAUGGCUGGUGUUCUGACAUGUAGAAAGUGCCUCCUACGUGGUUGGCAGUGCUUUAAAACUUGGCUCUCUCUAGCUUGACCAAAGUUAUAGCUUUCCCAUUCUUUGCUUACUGUUAGUACUAAAUGUUGCAAUCAUGUUGAAACAGCUAAAAACAUGAGCCAUAACCAGUUGCAGAGAAGACUGAAUUAUUUCAGAAAGGGCCGUACCCAUAGAAAGGGGGCAUUCUGAGAACCAGCCAUAAUUGAAAUAGGUUACUUCAUCUCUUGAGAUCCACAAAAGUGUUUCAGCAGUGGGGACAAGUAACUCUUGUCCACCUGUCUCUGAAUACCCAGCAGAAUGAGACAUACUUACCUUCUCUGCCUCUGAGUUUUCCAUGCAUUGCAGAGAAUCUGCAGUGGGAGCAGUCUCUUGCUUUAUGCUGGGUUGGCCAACCUGCUGGUCAGUUAUUGUUCGUAGAAGAUUGCUUCAAAUAUUCCAUGAAGCCAAGAAGGCCAGGUGGUAGCUUAUCUUUUUGCAAAAAGUUAUAAUUUGUUAGUUUAUUUUGUAUAUAAGUGAUUGUUAGCUUUGAACCAGUGAAAUAAAACUAAUUUGCCAUCAGAUCUGUUGCUGAUUAGCGUAUCUUUGUCCUAAUCAAGUCAAUACUCAGGUCAAGUGUAUUUCAUGCAGUUGAUCAAAACUUUUUUUUUUAAACCCGUUUCAAAUGCCCAUUAUAAGUUCCAGGGUGGGAAAGAUAACUCCAUUCCACCCCUUUCCCUUGUGUGUGCGUAUGGAGAUCUUGCUACUUCUUCCCUGGCAUGGUGAGAAGCUGUCUGCUGACUCCCUCCCUCCCUCUCUCUCUAUACAUGCUCGAAGAUGGUGGCAAAAGAAGAAGAAGAAAAGUUGGCCACUCAAGCCAGCCAAAAAUUGUGUAGCUCUGCUUCUAUGGCUACUGUCAUCUGAAGGGAUCAUAAACUUGCAGAUAGUUCCACUGACUCUUGGUAGUAUCUAACACUGUGUAUAGCAUACACACUUGACUGCAAAUAUAUCCCAUUGAACUCAAACCCCUAGGAUAUACCGGAAAACACCUAACCUAGAUUUUCUGCAAAUACCAGUUUGGGUUGAACUGCUUUGCUGGAAUUGUGCAUGUCUGUUUCUUUAUUAAAGUGUGAGUGACUCGUAGCCGAAAAGAAACUCUUGCUCUGAUGUCUGUUCAGCAUCCUGUGGCUUUGGGGUGAUGCUGCUGUUCCAAAGCCUUUACCCAGGCUGCUCAAGCAAACUGUCAGACAAGAAGCAUUGUGAUGCAUUGGAGCUGGUGCUUUUAUCUUCCUUAGUCAUGAGCUUGCCAGGGGGCUGCAUCUUGUUACACAAAGGCAAACAAGCUAAAAGUUGUGAAGUCUUAGGCAGGUUGUUGUUAAUGCGUUUGUUAUUACUAAGAGCACCAGGUUAUGGAUGCAUGACAUGGAAUAAGAAUUAUAAGAGGAAGUAUAGUUGUUGCUAUACUCUGUUGGGUCACAUACUGUAUAUGGCUCUUUGGGUGAUAAAAGUGAUCAGGCACAGGAUGUGUUCAGUUGUUAAUCUGCUAUCUUUUGGUACUUUCGUUUGUCAGCUUUAAAAGCUGCUUGGUAUCUGCAGAUGAAAGGUGCCAUUUAAGAGUAUUAUAAUCAAAAGCUAGUUGGCAAAUUUCCCUGAGCAUAGCCUCCCAGCAUAAUCUAACAUAUAUAAAAAAGAAAUCGAGUUUCAAAACUGGAUCCAGUAGGGAGGUUCCCAUAAAUGCUGCCAAAUUCCCUGUAGGGGUAGACUAGCAAGGAUCCAUGAACUUCACAGGAGCCAUGUCAAUAAGCAAACCCCAAUGGAGAACCUGGCUGCUUGUUCUUUUGAUAUGAAGACAAAAGAGAAAGUUGCUGCAUUUGCUGCAAAGAGAGAUGUAUUUCUUUUGAACCUCUCUGAGAUAAUCUUUGGCUGUGUAAUUGAAACUAGAUAAUAUUGAUAAUGGUCCCCAAAUUGUUUCUGCUUGACAGAAUUCCAUUGAAGAAGUUCCCCUCCAUGCGCAGCAUCUACACAGAAUAUGGGACCAAUGUCCAAGACCUGAAUGAGUUGGGGGAAAUGCUGAAAUACAAAUUUGGGGGCGCUGGUGUGGGCGCACCAACCCCAGAAGCUUUGAAGAACUACAUGGAUGUAAGUAUAGUAGUUGUAGUAGUUGAUUGUCACUCCUCCUAAUGCUUUGACUGUUUCUUCCUUCUUGGUGACUGGGAUCUGUGUGGUAGAGCAAUAUCCUGGAACCCUGCUAUUGUCCUUGCCUGUCUCAGUGAAUAAAACCAUUAGGGAGAAGGUCACAUUUAAAACAGACCUUGGAAAUUAUCCAUAGUGGUAUCUGUAAACACCCAGCACUCAAUGUUUCAGGGUCACAACUGCACAUCCUCCUCUUCAUUGGGCAGGCUUGGCAUGCAGAGAACUUGUGCUGUCAUCCCAGAAGCAUUUCAGUGUAUCAGCACCAUGAGAAUUCUCCUCCCACUGAAGCGCUGCACUCCUUGGGGCAUGGCCUCCUUCUCUAGAGAAGCCGUGUGUUUGUGGGAGAUAGGGCAGGCUGAUAAUGACUGUUUGCCUUGUGCAAAGGUAAUUGUUGAAGCAAAUGGGAAUGUGUAGGAGGGGUAUGAGGAAAGCAAGGAAGCUUAAGACUGGAUAAGAUAUGGAGGAUGCUCCUGAGGGCUUGACGUGUAGGAUCAUAGCCAUUAUGACUCGGAUGAUCUUGACAUUGAAGAAAGAACGCUCGCAAUGAGCAAGCGAAGACUUGCUGUUCUUGGCAUCCAUUUGUCUCAAGAGACAGUGGAGAGCGCCUCCAGGGGUGAUGUCAAACUGCUGCAUUAGCAUCACCAAAGUGUCAUCCCCCAGGGCCCAAGCCUGGGAAAUGUGUAUGGAAAAACCUGAAGGCAAGACCCCCGCCCCCCCCCUCCCGUCUCGGCUUCGCUGAUGUGGUCCAAAGGAAACCAAUAUGUCUGGCACCAGCUUCACUGUAGGAGUUGCUGGAAGGAGGUGUUUAAUGCCCCAUCCAGCCGUCUUGGGGUCUCCACUCCAGAUUUGCAUGGUGUUUACUCCUUAGCCAUUUCUUCUCCCGAAGAUAUCCCACAAGGCAGCGGAGGUUUAGAAUCUUCUCCUAGAUGGGCUACCUUCCCAGGUUUAUGAGCCCCUGCCCCUCACUCCCAUCUACAGCACAUGCAGAAGCGCCUUCUUGACCAUUGGAUCCACUCUUGGUCUUGCCUGCUGAAUCCGCCACAGCCCGUCUUCACAUGCAGGGGAAGUCCGAGCGUAGACUUAACAGUGUGAUAACCAUGGGCUACAGGACCGAGUAUAAGGCUAGAACUAGAAGCUUCUGAGCAGAACUUAGUUUUCUGGCAAUCCCCCUGGCUCCACUUGCAUUCCUCUUGGAAAACCCUUCUGCUCCCCACGUCACUUCCUCCACACUUUAAAAGGAUGACUCAUACCUGAACAGGCUGAAACUUAAUCCAGUUAACAAAGAUUCACAGUAGCUGUUGGUCCAGUCUUCUUCCCUAAUAGGAUUUUGAUGCAGACCACCCAUCAGUGCUAGGAUGUCAUAACUUGUCGCUGAAUUCUUCUUGCCAUUUUAUAAAUCGCAGAGAAAGUGCCACCAUUGAACUCUGAAAAGAGGCCACUGUAGCUUGAAAUGAAAUUUGCUACAGUCUCUGCAGACUGUUUCCCUCUCUGAACUUUUUUUUUUUUUUUGUAAAGUGCUGUAACAGCCAUCUCUCCUCUUCCCUGCUGAUUUAAUGAUGCCAUAAUGUAAUACUGGCUUGCAAGCCAAGGGAUAAAUAAACAGAAUACAUUCAGAAUCUGAAUUGGUGAGGUAAUAGUGCUUUUUUGGAGCAGGGAAGUGUGUAAGGCCAACUUGCACUUCUUAGCAGAUUUUCAUGAUUAGGUUGGUCUAGGUGAUGUGCUAUGAUGCCAAGUUGCAUCACUAGAGAAGGAACAGAAAAGAUUCCAUAUAAAAAUGUGACGCUCAAUCUUUUAUUGGAAUUUACAUGUAAAUAUUUUGAGUAGUUCUUAGAACUACAGCCAUACCUUGUGUUGUGUCUGCUUCCUGUUGCAUCUUUUCGUGUUACAUCCUGCAGCAAUCUGGAAGUACUGGAACUGGUACUGGUGUGUAGAAGUGCUAAAUCACGCCUGCGCAGAUGCAGUACUUCAAGUUACGGGCAUUUCACGUUAUGGAUGGGCCUCCAGAAUGGAUCCCAUCCAUAAUACGAGGUACCACUGUACAGGUGGUGAACUGUUGGGUCAUUUUGGCAAAUGUGAGAAUAAGCCCAAAUGGUGCUUGGCAUGGAUGGCUCUACAUGACGUAGAAUCUUAAAGUUGGAGGAAGGAGUCUUGUAGACCAUCUAGUCCAGUUUUAACACCAUGUUAAAAAAGCCUGACUGGCCUCGACUAGAAGUUGAGCACUUAGUGUCACUGGUCUCUUGUUGCGAAACCAUUUCGGCAAGCAUCCUCACUUCUGACUUUCAAGCAUCUCUUGAAGACUUUUUAAUGCCAGCAGGCAUUAAAUUUAUGACCAGAAAUUUUGAUUUCUGAACAUGCAGUCACCUUACCGAUUAUCUGUAUUUUCAAAAGUUAAUUUAUUAAAAUGACAUUUUAUAUUUUCACAAUAAAUGCUGUUAACAUUUUAUGAUAAGGUGGUAUAGAAUUUUUUUAUGAUAUGAUGGCAUAGAAUUACUUCUGUAAAUAACUGAAUUCUAAUAAGCCAUCUGAAUGUUGACUUCAUAGUUCAAAGCUUCUGGUUGUCUUUGGGCAAAACGGAGUGUACCUCCAAUACCAACACACCCAGCAUUUCUCCUUAAACCACAGAGCUUUGAAGUAGAAGCCCGGGAUGUUUGUGUGUUGCAUUUGAAGGCAUCUUCCCAUUCUCCCAUCAGCUGAUGGAUGGGUAGGAGCACACCUUGGCUUGACUGAAGGAACAGCCCGGUUCCUCCUUUGAAGUGCUGCCUGGUACAAGGCUGUUUAUAAAGGGCUGUUUGAAAGCCCUGUGAUUUGCUUGCUUUGAAGUCCUGAGAAUCAGGGCUUCGGGGGAAGCAUCACCUGAUGGCAGGUGAUUGGCAGGUGAGCUGUCUCACAUGCCUGUCGACUGGCCUGCUGGGCUGGGUGAGAUGAAGAUCUGCCCAUCCUAUCAGAAAAGCUUCCCUAUCCUUGUCUUUGAAAGUGGGCCACUGCUGCCAUGGGAAGGUAGUUAUAUUGUGGGCUCUUUAUUUAAAACCACAAUACAAUAUACAGUAAAACCUAUAAGCAGUAGGAUCCAAUCGUCUUAUUAAAAUUGUCAAAUUAAAAUCAAAAGACCGUAAAGAUCUUUCCAUAUGGUCUCUUGACUUUUCCUGUCCUCGUACACAUUUUCCUGAAUUGAAAUUAACUACAUAACUUCUGCCCAUCACUCCACGCUUGCUACUCCCUUUCUCUUAAUUCUUGCAUUCGCAGUUGGCCACAGUCAGUCACUUCCUUGACCCAAUCAUUGAGGCCUGUAGUAGGGUGGGGCAUCAGCGUUCUGUUCAUGAUAGGCAUUCUAAAUAUGGGUGGAUGGCUUUCGUUUUUCUUUCAGAAGUACCAAACACCUGCAGGUAGACUUGCAGAGGGUUUUUGCCACAGUACUUGCAGAAAUCCAGGCUAAACAUCCUAAAGGGACAUGCUUGUGUCUGGAGAGAGUUGUGACAGAUGGGGAAGUUAGGUGACUGGCCAGUAUAGCAGCUGAAGCCUGAGAGUUUGGGGGCUGCUUCUCCAGCUUGAGGUGCAGCCUGGGCUUGCUGUGCUCUGAAUUGUGUGUGCCUUGUCUCUUGGGAAAGCAAGUAUCUUGGCUUCUCUCCCCCACUCCCUGCCCCAGGCUCUUGUCAGCCAUCCAGUUUUCCCCUGUGACUUGUCCUCUUUGUUUGCCAAUCCCAAGGGAGUUCUACAAGCAGGGGGACAGAAGUGUUUAAUCAAGCUCUACCUCUAAUGUUGAAAUGUGCAAGCUGAAUGUUGUGCAAUACAUGGCUGCUCCGAAACCAUUUUUUCCCUAUUUGAAGAAGGCUUUGUCUCAUGCCAUUUUAAAAAAACACACUGAAUUUCCACAUUUGGAGUUAAUACAAAUAGAACCUAUCAGAUUGCAUGUAUUUGCAGCAGACCAGAGAGAAACACGGAUUGGAAUCUUUUCCCAUGACAUACUUGACUUCAAGUGGCAGAUGGUGCUGUUUAAACACUUGAGCCCAUACCUGUGUCCUGAAAUACUUGCAGUCUUAAGAGUGCUGGAUCAUGUGCUUCUCUGAAUGUGUAGAUCAGCCCUCCAAACUAAUGAGAGUUGAAGGCCAUCUAGAAUGUUUUUACCGGGUAUUAGAAAAAGAAGAAAAUAGUGCUGGACUGCAUUGCCAUUUUAUUCUUGCCAGGUUGCAAAUGGCAAACACGUGCUCUGCAAGUGGCAGCCCCUGUGUACUCCUUUUGUCAGGCUACUACUGCACUGACCUAGAGCAGGGUCUGUAUUCUCUCUCAGCUGCUACAAGGCCACACUAAAACCUUCCAUAACCCAGGGUACUAAAAGAAAUUACCAAAUAUAUGCCUUUCUUCCCCCCAUCCUAUAAUUAACAGUUUACAUAAAAUUUGUAUCAGCAUGCAGCUGGUAGUAAUAUACUUUUAAUGUCGAGUUUUGUGCAUGGAAAUGCAGCUGGCUGCUCUUCAGGGGUGUGAAACUACUCGAGACCCUCAAGCAGUCAUACCUUUCCUCAUUUCCAUUGCCUGCCAUGUAGAAAUAACACAUGGGUUUGGGGCAAUGGUAGUGGAUCACUAUGUGCCUCUAUGCCUCAAGAGUAGGAUCUGUAACUUCCUCCAGACUGCAGGUCACUGGAGCAGUUGAAGAUAUUGGGCGAUGGACCAGAGAGGAGAGCAGGCAUCACAAACCUGAUUGUCCUUAUUUCCCUUGGAGAAAGGCAAUCAAUAGAUAUUCUGCUUGCUUUGCUUCCUUUAUACUUCACCCUUCCAAGAACAUAUACCAGGGACUUUCUCUGCUAAAUUUCUCCCUGUAUAUUCAGAAAAUGAUAAUUAUCUAGAAACUUUCAAGGAAUGUCCCAAGUUUUUUUUUAAUGCUAGGCUUUUUGGUUUGUUACGCUGCAUGAGAAAUGUAUAUUUUUUUGCAGGAAAUUACAAAUGCCUUUCUUAAAGUGUUUCUGUUACCAGAAGCACUCAAAUUUGUAGCAGCUGUAAUUGGCAACCAAUCAUCAAACAAUUCUAUUUAUAUCCCCGCAACAGUAAGUGUUGCUGAAUUUAACGGGUAGAUGGUAGGCAUUCUCCCAAACACUGGGUCUAAACUGCAAGCUUCAAAACUAGUGGCUUGGAGAAAAGUGAUGGGAGAAAAUAGAUUGCUCCCAGGUAUAUGCAGAAAAAAACCUUUCAUUUUUGGGACAAGCAGAAUAUAUUAAAUGGUUCUUUUUGUGCCUUAUCUCCUGUUUUGUGAAGAAUGGCAAAUGAGAUCUUAAGCACUGUAAAAGUUUGAUUGCGCUACCAGUGAUUUUUUUUUACUUUUUUAAAUGAACAAAAAGUGACAACAAGGCUUCACCCUCCUGCCUCUGAUGUGUUCUGGGUAUUUCGCAUAGGCUGGAUUGGGGCUAGCUUUGGAAUAGUGCUACAUCUAAGACUUGCUCCCCCCCCCCUUCCUACCAUCCUGCAAUGCUCCCCAUUUGUCUUGUUCCAUGAGGAGAUAAGAAUAUGGGGGUUCAUGGUUGUGGUACAAAAACCCAGCUAGUUUCAGUUAGCUUUACAGUGGUGCCCCGCAAGACGAAUGCCUCGCAAGACGGAAAAACCGCUAGACGAAAGGGUUUUCCGUUUUGAAGUUGCUUCGCAGGACGAAUUCCCCUAUGGGCUUGCUUCGCAAGACGAAAAUACCUUGCGAGUCUUGAGAUUUUUUUUUCGCUUUCCCCCCCCUUUAUCUAAUCUGCUAAGCCUUUAAUAGCCUUUAAUAGCCUUUUAGCAGCUAAUCCCCUAAGCCUUUAAGCCUUUAAUAGCCGCUAAACAGCUGAUAGCGCUAAUAGCGCUAAUCCGUCAAUGGGCUUGCUUCGCAAGACGAAAAAACCGCUAGACGAAGACUCUUGCGGAACGGAUUAAUUUCGUCUUGCGAGGCACCACUGUAUCUACAAAAGGGCUGUGCAUCUAUUUUGAAGUCUAGUCAUGAGACAGAUAAACUGUAACAGAGCUCCUGACAUGAUAAUUGUGCAAAUAAUAGCUUACUGAUGAGCUCUCUCUUGUGACACACACACAUAGUCCAGAAGCUUAUAAAUCCUUUUGCCAUGAAAGAAUGUUUUCCCCAUGUAUACAACUGGAUUUGCUAACUCAUUUGCCCGGUUAAGUAGCCUUCCAAUGGAACUGCAGACCUGAACAACUCUUUUUAUCAAGAGUAUCCCAUGGAGGGAUGCCAGAAAAAUGCUUUGAUGAAGCUUGAGCAUGCGCAGUGGGCAUGGAAUGCUGACUGCCUGUUGGGAGGGGGAACGGGGUGGUUGGAAUCCUGAAUGGAAUUGUUCUACACCACAUUUUCUUGCAGGUCCCACUUGUGUUCUUAGGGAAAGCUUUAAUUCUUCUGGGCACAUUUCAGAUCCUGUUGGAGCAUACAGUUUUGGGUGUUGCUCUGCUAGAAUUACAUAUCUGGAAGAUUCUCUCUCCCUCCCUUCCCCUUUUUUUAAAUGAAUGUUGCAAGCAAGGGGAUUGUUUACAUAGGUUGAUAUUUGAGCUUAAUAUGGGAAGCAGUGUUGACUUCUCAUUUGGGUACUGUAAAAGACUUCUUCAAAAUUACAGCCCAGUCCUAAUUUAGAUUGCAUUUAGCCUCUAGGGUGGGGCACACCCAUGGCUAUGCUGAUCCACCAUUACAAAGUGAGGCUGCUUUGGACUAGUUGGCUGCUACACCAGAACAAGGCAGCACACUAAUCCAAUGUGGGAUCUGCCAGAUGUUUUGAACUACAACUCCCAUCAGCCCUCGCACAUUUGGAGUAGUCUAAAACAUGUGGAAGGCAGCAGGUUGGGGAAGUCUGGUAGAUAGAGAUCUGGAUGAAUUUGACAAGUCCAAUAUAGAAGUGGUUGGCUUCAGCUAGUUCUUCUUUCUUUCUUCUACAAAAAAAACCCCAAACCUCAGCUUGAUGCUGUUGUUUCCAACAUCAGCUGGUCAGUCUUGUCCCUCUUUCACCCCAUUGAAUCUUUGUUAUAUCCUCCUAUUUUGCAACACCUUUCCUUCUGAAAAUGGCAAAAGUGGAAGGAAAAGUUGCUUCAUGACUGUUGUAAGCUUGUUACUGUCAGUUGUUUUUUUAAAAAACUACUGCUGCUGUUGGCAAAUAGCAAACUUGGGCAAUCUUCUCGAAGUGGACUGGAAGCUCUCUGAAACACCCAGACCACUCCGCACUCAUUCACACAGGCAAAAUUAUGUAUUCCCGGUGCUUUUAUAGCUAUGCCUAGUCAAGCUUCUCACAAUGGAGCAUCCUGUAAAGGAAGCUGCUUUCCCUUGCAUCAAACUAUUGUCCAUCUACCUCACUAUUGUCUGUACUGGCUAGCAGAGGCUCUCCAGAGUUUUCAGACCUACUACUUGGCUACGUUGGAGCCUGAACCUGGAUACUUUCCCUUUAUAAAACGUAAAGGUGCAAGGUUUUGCCUGGGAUGUGAAUCCAGCACCUCUUGCACCCAAAGCAAAAGGAACCCAACGCCACUAGACACAUUCCGUGGAUACAAAAAAUGACAGGUCCAUGGGUGCUACUGUUGUUUACGGCCGAUAGGGUGUUCACCCUUCCUUCCUUAAGGUUGCAAAGGUGGUCAAGGUUGUACUUGUGACAGCUUUCUAAAGUGGUCAGAAUUAAAGUUGGAAACAGUCACUCUGUCAGUUUUCUGGCUUGAAGUGCAGGUGGAGAUCAUUCUUCUGUAUAUUUCCGAGAGGAACUCCCUGUUAGCCUAAGGCCUAGCCCUCCUAGCCAAGUUGCUGCCACUCCUCUAAACAGCACCUCAUUUGCAAUUUGCAAGAACAAGACACUUCUGAGUCAGCUUUCCAAUUAAUAUCACUUAGAUUAAGGCUGCCCCCCACCAACCCAAUCUGUUUAGGUGUUGUAACAGCUUCAUACCUGUCUUGGCUUUAUUCCAUCUUUCUUUAGAAGCAGUCCCGAUGGUGGCUGUUACGCAAUGGCCUGUCUAUAUUAGGAAGGGAGAAGUGAAGUGAAUUUCUUAUCUUUAAUUGCUGGACUCAAGUGAGCCACCCAAAUAUGAAAUCCUUCACUUGAUGUAUGUCUUAACUCUUGCCCUUGCUGGCAAAGGGAUAGCUCAGGUGGUAGAGCAUGAGACUCUAAAUCUCAGGGUUGUGGACACUGGACAAAAGAGAAGCUUGAGCUAGAUGAGUCUUAUGGUCCCUUCCAACUCUACAAUUCUAGUUGUAUAAUGCAUGGAUGACCACACACACAAGCCUCGCAGGUGCAACUAUUAGGGGUUGCAGUGCAGAACAGAGGCAGGAUGGACUAGGUGCAUAUGUGGUGGUGGCAUCAGGUAAAUGCUCAGUAGAGACACCAAUGCUAGGGAAUUAUAUAUAGCAGGCAUGGUGUUUCUCUGUGUGUUUUAUAUAUAGUGGCAGCCCUAUGUCUGCAGCAGACAGCUUAGAAACAGCCUUAACAGACUGUGAUCAAUGCAGCUCAUGGUCCCCUUUUUAUAGUUUGCUUUCAAAAGUGGUAGGGAGGCGAAGAGAAACUAUGUUUUUGCCAGCCUUCAGUCAAUUAUUGCUCAUCCCAGAUUGAAGAUCCCAAUCCAUAUAUUGCUGUGGAUUGCAGCAGUCUCCUGGCAGGUAUACCUGAAGAGGGGUAUAAGCAACCAGUAGCUCCACAUCAGCAGUUUUCAACACAUUCAAAUGUAAAUGAGUAGGAAAAAAUGCUUGUGGUUCUCAAGAUGAAAAAAUAAGUGCACUGUUCCUACUCAUGCCAGGAAAACACUUGGCAAAGUUCACAAACCUGUUCUGGAGCCAAAAAAAAAAUGCCAUGUGCGUUGGGUUGCCACCCUUUCUUCUUUCUCCAGGCAGAACUUCUGUAAUAGCUGUUGGAUCAGCAAAAAUGGGAAGAGGCGCAGCUUUCCCCACUGCUGAGGUGCAGCAAUUGCCAGCGGAUGGGAACAGCAAGCUGUACCUAAUCAGUUUAGGAGGAAUCAUGCUCCAAUAAGUUUUUGUGUGUUUUUUAAAGUCAGGAAAGUCAGGUUUAUUAUCCGUUGCACACUAUGGCUAUGACAGCUGAGGAGGGAGGAAACAUCCAAAGCAUUCUUCCAUUAAGUGCAAAUUUCAGCAGGCUACAGGAUAUUGAUUGUGGUAGAUGAAGAGCUCUUUGCAACUGGAAAGUCCUCUCCCCCUCCCUUUCCUCCCCUUUCUGUGGUCAGUACAUGCACUGGAAGCAAAAGGCGUAAAGACCUACUUAAUCCUUGUUGGUUCAGCAUGUACGCUACUUUUGCACUCACUGGUGCUUAUGCUGGAGCAGAAAGGGAACGCAUUUGUGUCUCAUUGAGCCAUUGAGUCAAAUGCUGACUGUAUGGUUUGCUAGGAUGUCUUUGGAAACCUAAGAGAGUCUCCCUCCCCCCCUCUUGUUUAAAAGUUGGAGGAGUCUGGAAUAUAUUCCCUGCCAUAGUAGCUGCAGCCCUAGAGAGGGAUGAGGAGCAAGUACCCUCCAUUUACUCAGUGUGUUAGAGGAGAAAGGCUUAGCUAAGGCGGUGUGUGUGGACCUUUGUUACAAAAUGUUCUCCCUUUAACACAUAGCAAAAAUGGGUGUGGGGAAACCUUGGGGAGGGGUAGUGUGCAAGUUCUGUGCCCUCUCAUAGGAUAGGUGCUAUAUCAUUUUUAGUUCUGCCCUGCCACUUGUUGGACCGUAUUAAACAGUAGGACCCAUCUGGCUGCUGUUAGCACAAACCCAUUGUGUCAUUGCUCUAGUUGCUGCUUGCAGAAUUCCCACUCAGUGUUUCAGGGUGGGGAGGGAGGGAGUUACUGCUUGUCUUCCAGCAGCAGUGGCUCACUUCCAGAGUCCUUCCUGUGUCUCUUCCCCCUCCCCCAAAAUAGGUGUGUGUGUUUCACAACAGUGUAGGUCCUAAUGGAGGAAUCUGCAAAAUGAUGCUAGUAAAUGGAUACGUAGCAAUUCCUUCCCAUCACGUACAUGUCCUGGUAAGUGACCAUCCUAAGCAUAAGCAGCUUCACAUGCUUAGGCAGGAUGGGGAAUCUUUCUCGAGAUGCUGGGAGGACUUACACAUUGCAUCAUCCUUGGCUAGGGCUGAUGGGAGUUGGAGCCCAGCAAUGUCUUGAGGGUUGCAGGUUCCCCAUGCCUCGAUGGAAUGCAAUUCAGUUUUACUCAGAGUAAAACCAUUGAAGUUAAUUAAAUGUGGCAAGUUAGGUCCAUUAAUUUCAGUAGGUCUACUCUGACCAAAACUUAGUUGAACUCGGCUCCCUCUUUCUAGACGGCUUAAUUCCUCCCAUCUGGAAUGUGAGCCUCUUCCUGGUUCAAGUACUUAAACUACCCUUCUGAUUUGAGUGCAAAGGCUGCCAGGCUCCUGCCUGAAUGGUGGUUCCUUCAUAGUAUAGCAACUAUUCCAGGAAGCACAGGUGAGCAAUACAUAGGAUUUAUUGCAUUGCAACAAAAAUUCUGCAUACUUAAAAAAAAAUGUGUAGAGACCAUGUGGCACCUCAACUUUAGCUUUAGGAGCAUGGACAAGAAUGGAAUAUAAUGAUUUCUAAAUACUGACCCAGGACUUUAUUCCUCCGUGUGUGUGUGAGAAUUUGUACAGAUAAACGUUGCAUAAAACACUGGCCUUUGUAAACAAAAGUUGCUUAAGUACAAAAUGAAUAUCAAGGCAGCAGUCCUGGUUAAUUACAAGGUGAUUUACAGCCUCUAAUUCUCCGCUGUGCUUUAAGAGUAAUAGCCAAUAUCUUUGGCUUAUAUGAAGUGCUAUAUAGGUACUAGGUUAGAAAACACACCCUGCCCUAAUACAAUAAUGGUUUUAAUGUGAGAUGCCAGGGAGGAGAUGGCAGUAUAAUUUCCUUUAAUCUCCAUGGGCUGUAGGCACAAAAUGCAGGUAACAUUUUUGUGCCCAAGUAGCUUGACCAGAGGAAUGAAAAGCAUCUCCCACCCUGAAUGGUGGAGCUGUUGGCCGUGUCAUUAGCUGUUGCCUUGGGAGCUCCUCUCAUCCACCAGUUUUUGUGCACUUGUGCCCCAGGAACUCUGAGUAGGCAAGCACAUGUGCUGGUAAGCAGUAUGAAGAUACUGGCUGAGCCAAGUGAAGUUUAAAUAUUGUCACCAAAACAUGGACAUUUGAAUCUACCUUUGUAAGGCGGUAACUCCCAAACAUUGAGGAUGAAAUUGGGUACACCUUCUGUCACCCACCCACACACACUAAAGGGAGUUAGACAUUCUGUUGCAAUAUAUGACUGGAAGUUUUGCUGAGAGAUUUGCAUAUAAGUUUGGGACAUGUUUGGGAUACAAAACUCUGUUUUAAAUUCAAGCACACUUUCCCAAGGGAACCAGGGAAGAGGAAUGAUGACAUCAUGGAGCCAUCGCAUAUGAGCAUUUGCUAGAUUUUUGGAUGUUGGGAAUGAACUUGCAGUAAAGAGUUGGCUUAGCCCAUGUUCAAAUAGAGCAUUUUAGUACUUCCACAUAAGUGAAUGGUAGCAAUUCAUUCUUAGGGUUGGAGUGAAAUCUCUUGGCUCUGAGUGGCUAAGGCCUUACUCUUGGGAAUAAUAGAGAGGCAUAAUGCAUCUCUGUGCUCCGAACACACUGGCAAUUAAACAUUGCCAUGUUUAAGCCAAGGAUGAGCAGUCUGUGGCUCUCUUUAUUCUGCUGGACUCUAACUCUUCCAUCCAGCAUGGCCAAUGGUUGGGUAUGAUGGUGGAAGUUGUAAUCCAACAACCUCUGGAGGGCCACAGGUUCCUCAUCUAAGCCCCACAUGUGAUAUCAAUCAUAAUGACAAAGUGUAGGCAAAGUGUAGUUUAUAAUAAUUACAGUGGUACUUUGGUUCUCAAACUUAAUCAGUUGCGGAAGUCCGUUCCAAAACCAAAGCGUUCCAAAACCAAGGUGCGCUUUACCACAGAAAGGAAUGCAAAAUGGAUUAAUUUGUUCCAGACUUUUAAAAACAACCCCUAAAACAGCAAUUUAACAUGAAUUUUACUAUCUAAUGAGACAAUUGAUCCAUAAAAUGAAAACAAUAAACAAUGUACUGCAGUCACACAAUCAAUCAAUCAAUCAGUAGCUGAACUGGGUUCCACACAGUCACGGAAAUGAAACAAAACAAAAAAGCCACGAAAACACAAAAAAUAUACAGCAAAAACAUGCAAGCUGGUGACCCUUGCAACAUCUUUUGGAAGCAAAUGAGACUUGCAUCUAGAGUUUCCUCAUCUUGAUACAGCCAACUCCCCCUUCUUUUUAUUUAUUUACUUUGCAUCUUCUUCCUUUCCUCUAAGGGUCUAAAUGCAACCUUCAUUGUCUCCAUCCCUCCUGCCCCAUUUUUUUCCUCACAAGAAAACCUGUAAGGUAGUUCAGGCUGAGAGAGAGUGACUCGCUCACAGACACCCAAGGAAGCUUCAUAUCUUAGUGGGAAUUUGUACCUGGGUCUCCUUACUCCUGGUCUGACACUCUGAUCAUUAUUCCUCCCUGGUGCACACUCUUGCUCCCUCUCUCUAUAUGCAGUUUGAUAUGGGCGUGGGGUAGUUACGUAAGUUUGGUGGCUUCUUUUGCGGUAGCCACUGACUUAUCUCAAUCCUAUAAAUAACACUGUGGUAAGAAUGAUCCCUUAGUAGUAAUCCUCCAUACUGUGGGGUAAUGAGCGUUGUAUUUGGCAAUCCAGUACCAUGAAAGUGAUGCUUAUUUUAUUUCUUUGCAAACCUGGUGCUAGCCUAGAAUGAUCAGCUUCUUACCUUUUGUUCUCUCAUCUCAACUUUCAUUUUGCAGGCUCAGUAUUAUGGAGAGAUUGGCAUUGGGACACCCCCACAGAAGUUUACUGUGGUCUUCGACACUGGCUCUUCCAACCUCUGGGUGCCUUCUGUCAAGUGCCACUUGUUGGACAUUGCUUGCUGUAAGUAUCUCUUCAGUUGACUGACUUAAGUAGCACCAUCCAUUAAUCCUCUAUAGUGUAUUUAUGUGAUAAAGCCUAAGCCAAGCUCUUACUUUGCAUGAAAAUGACUAACUUUUAAAAAAAGAAUUUUAUUUGCCAUAUCAUUGAUUGUGUCCUGUGCUUCAUUUUGAGAAGCCAGGUACUUCCUGUCCACUAUUUUUUAAUAUUGCUUCCAACUUGACUCCCCACUCCUUGCUGCUUUUUAAGAAUACUUUGAUUCAACUGACCAUUGCUUGAGAGGCAAAGAAGUGUACUUCUCUCUCCUGGGAUGCAUGCUCCUCAGCACGUUGGAAACUGGUCAGCCAGAUCUAUCUGUCACUGUUCUUAUAUUAUUGAGGCAUAUAACCUUGCACAAGGAAUAUGAAGCAAUUUGAAAUUUAAAUAUAACCUUUAGUUCUGAAUAACAUUUGGCCAUUUAGAACAGGAGUGGAUAACCUGCUCCUGGGCUCCAGCUCCCGUUGGCCCCAGCCAACAUGGACCCUGUGGUCAGGGACAAUGGGACUUAUAGUCCAGCAGCAUCUGGAGAGCCAGCACUGAUUUACAACUUAUGCUGUCAACUGUGUUUCACACUCUUUCUCAGAGGAUCUGUCAGAGCACUUAAACCAGCGGUUCUCAACCUGUGGUCCCCAGAUGUUGGACUACAACUCCCAUCAUCCCUGAGCUCUGGCCUUUCUAGCUAGGGGUGAUGGGAGUUGUAGUUCAACAACAUCUGGGGGCCCACAGGUUGAGAAAGGCUGACUUAAACAGAGUUGGUGGCUGAUCAUUCCACCUUUUUUACCUCUGAGCGCCUAAAGUGAUGAUAAAAUAUACUCCAUCUCUUAACUAAUUUAAAGAGUCUCCCCUGACUAUUGAAUUAAAUGCAGCUGUUUCUGCUUGUGAUGAGACCCUUGUGCACAUUGGUAGAGAUCACGGGGACCACAUCUUCUGAACGUACCUGUGCGCAGCAACUCCGCUGGCUGAAACUGAUGGGAGUUUUAAAGCAUCCCUGACCACUGGCCAUGCUGGGGAGGGCUGGUGGGAGUUUUAUUCCAGCAGUAGUUGCAGGGCUGCUUGUUAGCAACCCUUGCUUUAGGUGGAAAACGGAUAAUGACUUUAUUAAAGGUGGUUUGAAAGAGGGUGUUCUACUUUUGUUAUGCACACCUAGCUGGUUUUGCAAGCUUUUAUUCUGUAAAGCCUGUUUGACUAGAAAUGCAUAGGACAAAAAAAGAAGAAGCGUGCCUCAUAGGAAAUGAAGAAGCCCCUCAAACUACUUUCAGCCCUCUUGAAAAGUGUGUAAGCUCAGCACGUGUACCCGGGUUUUUCAUGUCUUGGGAAUCCUCAAGAAUUAAACCUGCCAGGUAUACUUGAAUCCCAAAAUAUACUUUCCAAAUCCAAUUUAGCAGCCAAAUUGGAUCUCUCCACUUAAUUCUCCAUGUGUUCGAAGAGCUUUAGAAAGCACUUUGUGCUAAUGCUUUCAGGUAAAGAGAUGCAUGUUGGCAGUCAUUCUACCCUAUUCUGGAAGUCCCUUUAGUUCAAGAGGAAUGAAAAAGUAUUCUUUCCAGCAGAUGGGACUUGAAACAGGCAGAGUUAGUUGUGCUACAACCAUGCCAGAUCUAGUUAAGAUUUGGUAAAGACCACCUUUCUCCGGAAGCCCCGGUGGACUACAAUUUAACUGUAGUUGCUUUCCUAAACAUCCCUGAUACCAUUGUGGGCAUGGCAUAAAAAGUUCAAUUUAUAGAGGAAGACUAGGUUCAUAUGCCGUCUAGAUGUCUUCACUGCUUCUCCACUUAAGAUGUUCAGGAGGCACUAUAGCUGUGAUUAUUAAGUAACCAUGGCCUCCGUUUAUAAAAUGAGUCCAGUCCAUCAGUCCCUAAGUUUGCACAUAAUCAGGGUUAGCAGUAACCUUGCUAUUUGCUAUUAUUCAGUAUUUCACUCUAGCCCUUCAGAACAAUUUGGCUGGCUUAGAAAUUUGUUGUUUUGAAAUGAAACCUAUAAUUGUCCAUAUUAUGGGUUGUUGGCUGAUAAGUGGGUACUGUCUAUGUCUGUCCUGGGUUUUUUUCUUCCAGAAUAAAUACUACAUCAAGUGCAUCUCUUAGGUCAGGUCUGCAUCAAAGCACAAUUGCCUUUUGCUUGUUUCUUGAGUGUAUUUACAUACAGGAAUAAAGAAAACUGAACGUAAUGAAAAAAAAUUGUUGUUUUCCCUCCAUUUAAUUAAAUGCUGCAAAACUGGUUCCUAACACUAAUUAAAAAGCUGUGAGAAAGGAGUUAUGGAUUGGCUUAUAGUUUCUGUUUGAUCUGGAACACGGGGUUGGUGUCUCCUCAAAUAUUUGUCAAGUGUUCCAAGUUGGUAGACUGUGUGUGGAUUUAUGUGGAUUUAUGUAUAUGUGUGUGUUGUGUUAUUUUCCCCCUGCAGUGCUGCAUCACAAAUACGAUUCUUCCAAGUCCAGCUCGUAUGUGAAAAAUGGUACAGACUUUGCCAUCCAUUAUGGUACUGGGAGCCUGUCAGGAUUCCUCAGCCAAGAUCAUGUAACGGUUAGUACAUCACCAAUCAUUCACUUCUCCAAGCUGUUAAAGCUUUGAGUCUUUAGCAAAACAACAACAGCCUACCACCAUAUGAGAGUACUAAAAUAUCGUAGUGUGAUAGGAACUCCUGGGGAUAGUACCAAAAGUUUGUGAGGCAUAUGGGAUGUGCUUUUCGCAAAACAUAGAUCGCCUAGCCAGUGAUCAGCUUUCAUGUGGAGCACUGUGGGUUUGUUUUGCUGCUUCAGAAAGUAAAUGACAGCAUUGUGGUAAUUUUUUAUUUUUUUAAAAAAAGACAAGGUAGGAGAAGUUAGUUUCAAAUUUAUUGUCCUGUAGCUGCACAUUAAAACAGCUUUUCUCGUGGUGUGCCAUGAAAGGCCCCAGAAGCUCUCUUUGCCAGUCCUUUCUAUGAGCCUACCAUCUUUAGUGACCAGUUUUAAAGCAACAUGUGUAUGGAAAAAAUUGCCUUGGUUUGUUCGUAAUCCUCCUCAAGUAAACUACAGCUGCUGUGGCCUUAAGGGAGCCUGUACUUGUCCAGGUUAAGUUGAUGGAAGUUGCUAGACUAGGGUGAUACAAUUAUUUUAAGCAGCAUUUAGCACCAAGCACUGAAACUUAGUUUCUGAAAAAGCUUCAGCCAUUGUGUCUCGUUAUAAGGAAAGGGGAGCAAGGGAGACUUAACUAUGAUAUGCAUGUAAUCACUGGCUGAUGAAGCAACUUUUACAGGGCAAAGUUGUCUUGUCCCUUUUUAUUCUUAGGAGCGUUUGCUAACAGAGCAGAAAAAAUCAGAAUAAUCAUAAUCAUAUACUAAGUUUUUGUCCUGCCCUUCCCCCCAAAGGCAAUUAGGGUGGCAAACCAUAAAGCAAUAUAACAGCACAAUUAAAAAAUAAAGCAAGGAAAAACUUUGAGAGCAUCUAAAACCAUAUUAAAAAUGGCCACAUGUUCUCACAUCUAAUAAUUUCAAGGUUGCUAGGAACAGUAUCUUUCAACCAUCAAAUGCCUGGGUGAGCAGGGAUGUUUUUAAAAUUCCUCCUGAAUGUUAAUAGUGAGGAAGACAAGCAAGAGAUUAGAAAGAACAAUUCUGACAUACCAAACAAAAUCUUUGCCAAGUCUCACAAUUUCAUCAUAUCUGGUCAUAAAUUGAGUGGCGAAGAAACAGUCUAGAUGAAUUCGUGUGAAGCCCUGGAUGGUAUUUCUUUCUCCUUCCCACACCCUGUGCCGCCUUUGGUCAGAUUCACCUGGCUUUGCUCACUUUUGUUGCUCUGUGGCAAGGAAAGGCAGGAGCAGAAAAAAGCAGAGCUGUUGCCACAGUGACUCCCAAGGUUUUAAAAUUGCUGCCUGGGGGAAGUUCAGAGCUUAACAUCUCUGCGAUUUCAGAGAGGUGAUAAAACUUCCUCUUUUCAGCAAGCAUUUAGUUCCUAUAUUCUGUGUUUGUGGGUUUUUGUUACACUCGCUUUUGUUGUUGCUCACAGCCUUGAGCUUUAGAAAAGCAGUUUAAUCACUUAAAAAUUGCAAAAUGAAUACAAUAGCAAAAUGAUAAUGGAAGUUGCAUGGCUUCUAAGAAGGCAACUGCAUGCUCCUUAUCAGCUUUUAUGUUUUUCAAGAUUGCUCUGUUUGUUCCAUGUGCCUUUAUAUGGCAUGUAUUGAGAAGGGAGAGAUCCUGGCACCACUUGAGCAUGUUUUUAUCUUACUACCAGAAGAAUGAUACCAUAUUUGUUCCAAUAAUGGUGUAAAUGUGUAUGUUUUGGGUUCUCCCAACCUUCCUUUCUCUUUCUCCCAGAUUGGUGACCUGAUUGUCCAGAAUCAGUUGUUUGGUGAAGCUGUCAAGCAGCCUGGCAUCACUUUCAUUGCUGCAAAGUUUGAUGGCAUCCUUGGCCUGGCAUACCCUAAGAUCUCCGUGGAUAAAGUGUUGCCUUUCUUUGACAAUGCAAUGCAACAGGCGCUAAUGGAGAAGAACCUGUUUUCCUUUUAUCUAAACAGGUGAGAAUGUAACCUUGAUUUAACUUGUGUGCCAAGGACCAAAGGGAAAGGCCUUUCCAUCCCCAAAAGAAACGUCUUAAUUAUUUUAUAUGUGUGGUGGUGGUGCCUACAUUUGCUGCGUAAAGAUACAGCCCUUUUAAGAAGAUGGAAAGAUUAUGUGUGGCAUCCAUUAGGAGAAGAGGGAAUAGCAGGGUGUGAUGGACAGGGGAAGAAGUUCCUGUUUGUCAUUUAGAAAUGUCCUUUGACUCAUUUCUGUCUUGUGACUCACACCCAAGUCUUUAUUCUUUAAAAAAAAAAAACACACACAACACAACACAACACAACACAAUACAAUACAAUACAAUACAAUAUAUGCACAAAAAAUCAGUGCAUAACAUUGAUUACUAUAUUGUACAAAUCACCUGAUCAUGAAUAAAUAAAGAGUCCUGCAGCAUCAUAUAAGAAAUGCUCCAUUGUUACUGGGUAUGGGCCAAGGGUUUCCCCAGCAGAGUAUGCCCACAACUGUGAAAGGGCUCAGGGAACCAGCAAAUGAGCACGACACAGGUGCAGGCUCCAAAUGGUCUGAAGGCUUGCAGUGCAGCCCUAUGGGAAACCAUACACAGACCAGUAUUGAGCUCUUUUUAUAGACCACCAUGGUGUGCGUGAUAAAGGAUUGCCACCCGAUCUGGUGCACGUGUUACUUGGGGAGAUAUCUCUUGAGUUCGGUUUGGGCUUUCUCACUGGUAGGACUGCUGAGGAUAGCAGAGCUGUAGAAAGCCAGACUUAAAGAAAUAUGCCAAGUACACAAAGGAUGGCAUUGCUUCCCUUGGAUUCUGGGGACCUUUUCCCUGCCCUGCAUCACUUCUGUAUCCUUGUCCUUACGUGUUUUUUCCACUUUACAUUUCCACAGUUCAUUGAGUGUAUUGUUCUGAAGCUAUGGAUCUCCCUCCGUUUUUGUACUAACAUUUCCCUUCUCCACUUGUGUGCUGCCUCUUCUAGGGAUCCGAAAGCAGCCACUGGAGGUGAAUUGCUUUUCGGUGGGGUGGACCCACAAUAUUAUACUGGGGACUUCGCCUGGGUGAACGUCACUCGCAAAGCUUACUGGCAGAUCCACAUGGACAAGUGAGUUGCUUCUCUCAUUUGUUUCACAGGUGCACAAGGGGGUCCAUAGUUUAUUAGCAUAUAGAUUGCCUGCAAUAAAGCAUUGUUCUAUAUCCCCAAUGGGAGCUGUGUAACACCAUGUAGGGCUUGCAGUAAGCGAAGACUCCCGGGGGGGGACCCCACUCUCCUAAAAUCUUCCAUGCUGUGCCAUGUAGCACAGAAGGAGUUCAGUCCCCAAUGCUGAGGAUAUUGCUACAGCCAACUGCACAAAGGUGGGUAGAAUUGAAUUCUUUUUUUAAAAAAAAAACACAUCUGGGAAUUGUUGUCUUCUUCCAGGGUUGACGUUGGCAAUGGCCUGACUGUGUGCAAAGAUGGCUGUGAAGCUAUUGUAGACACAGGGACCUCCCUCAUUACAGGCCCAACAGAUGAAAUUAAGCAACUGCAGAAAGCCAUUGGAGCUAAGCCAAUCAUUAAAGGACAGGUAAUGUGGGAAUGAGGUGGUGGGUCUAAUGUUGGGACAUCCAUAUGUGCAGCCUGACUACUGUCUCUCUCAGGGCUGGCUAGCCUGGGACCCUGCAGAUGUUAGGCUCUGGCUCUACUCAACUCCACACAUUGAGCACACUGGCUGGGGCUGAUGAGAUUUGGGAGUCCAACAUCUGAAGGGUCACAGGUUCUCUAGCACUGCUUUCUAUAUAUUGGUUUUGGUCUCAACUGGGUUCAGAUACAGCCAAUAGCUUGGAUUGCUACCUCAAAAGCAGCUUGGUUACUAGUUCAAAGCGGUUCAAAUGUUGGGUAACCUUUAUGUUACAGUACUGCAGCUUUCCCCCCACAACCAGACCUGCUUAGGAAGAAUUGGCCAUAAUAAGUUCUAUACACCCUUCCUUCCACCUCAGAGGAUUUUCAGGUCCAUACUCCAGUCUGGUUUAUACAGCAUGCAGGACUUCUUACAGUGUCAACAUCCCACAUGUUGCACUUCGCAUUGGCGCUUGUGUGUAAUGUUAGCAUGCCUGUGAUCAGCAGCCUCUGUAGGUGCGCUAACGACAUCCUGUCAUUACAUGCAAACAGACCAAUGGCUGAGGGAAGAAUGCUUAAAAUGUGGCUCAAGUGAGGGCUGAACCCCUUACACUCAAAGGGCUUAUUUGUAGCCCGCAUGCUGUGUAAGCUGGGACUAAGAGAACUCCCUCAGCCAAUAGUAUAGGAGGAGAAAUUCUGCUACGUUCAGCUUCAGCACUUUGAGAAUUGCUAUAUAAUGAUAAAUUUCCUGUCUGUGUAGUUCUUAAAAGGUACAGCAAGGGAGGUCCACUCAAGAUAUGGAUCUUCCAUCUCUUUAACUGCCCAGAUAUAUGGCUUUUUUUGUGGGAAAGGCAUCAGAAUGUGGCUCUAAUGAAGUGUGAGAGGUAGUAGUAGUAGUAAUGUUUGGGAUUUUUAUAGAGAACUUAAUGUUCACUGUAAUCCUAGCAAUGAGCAGUGUCUCAGUGCUGCCCCUGUACUGCAGCUGAGGACAAGAUGUUUGUUGCCAGCAGGAAAAAUCCAAGGGGUGCCCCUGUUCUAGGAAGAAGAAGAAUAGCCUAAACAAGUCCCUUUUAGGGAGGAGUGUAGAGUGUAGGAGUCACUAGCUAGUUCUUGUCUACACACCUUCAGGAGUCAAAAUUCAUAGCUCUACAACAAGGUUCUUAUACUUCCAAUUUAUUUUUAUUUUUCAGUACAUGCUUCCGUGUGAUAAGCUGUCUUCCCUUCCCACUGUGAACUUGGUCCUGGGAGGGAAAUCCUAUGCCCUCACUCCAGAUCAAUAUGCCUUGAAGGUAAGCUCAAAACUAUUUAUGAGAUCAUCCUAAGAAUGCUCACCAACCUAUCCUAGACGCAGCAGUUUUGGGUCCCCUGGAUGCUUUUUAUUGAUGUUCAUCCAGCAUCUAGUAAUAGAUUUGUUAUAUCUGCACUGGAUCCUGUGCACUUCAGGGAAAUAGCUAGGACUCUUAAAAGCACAAUGGACUCUGCUUUUGUGUCUUUUUACAUGGUAGUUAGUUAAACCUUAAGACUGAGUUCUCUCAUUGCAUACCAAUUACUUAAGUGAAGGAUUAGUGAGCAGAUUCUUUUUGGGGAGGAGCAGGAAGAGGACUGAAAACUAAUAAAUAUUGUGGGGGACAAUAAAUGCUGCUUAAGUGGUCAAUGCACAUCUAUAAAACAUUGUUUGACCACAGCUUUUCUACAAGGAUAUGUUUGGGCUUUUAUAUAUGCUUUUAUUUUUAUAUAUAUAUAUAUAUAUAUAUAUAUAUAUAUAUAUAUAUAUAUAUAUAUAUAUAUAUAUAUUGAAGAGGGAUUGUAUGCAUGAUCUUCUUCAACAACUGGUGGCUCUUUAGGUGCUCCUGAACACUAAACUGCAAAAGGAAGCAAACAAGGUGCAACUAUAGAGAAGACUAAUAUGCUCUCGCUCGUUCACUCUCUUGUUUUUAAAAAAACCCACACCUUCUUUUCUCUCCCUGUAGGUUACUGUUCAAGGAGAAACUCUUUGCUUGAGUGGAUUUUCAGGCUUGGAUGUCCCACCACCUGGUGGACCUCUUUGGAUCCUGGGUGAUGUCUUCAUCGGCGGUUAUUACACCGUGUUUGAUCGAGAUAAUGAUGCCGUUGGUUUUGCAAAAAGUUCCAGCAGCGCAUAAAUGCAGCUGACAACCACCUCCCACUCUCUCUCCAAAUUCACCCACAAACACACUGGAGUUUUCUACUGUGUCUUGUAGGCGUUAGGAACAAAAUCAGGAAAGUUAAAAGGAAAAAAAAAUAUGACACUUUAAAAUUUAAAUAAGAAGGAGCAGAGAUCUUUUAAAAAAAUAAUCUGAAAAGCUACUAGUGACCAUUGAACAAACACUUGUCCUUCCUCGAAUGAUACAGGCCAUAGAAAAGUUAUAAUAAAAACCAUACCUAAGGAGCCCCAGCAUUGUAUGAGCUCUUCAAACAUCUGGUUACUUGACAUGCUAUUCCUUUUUAAGCAUAAGAACUAUAAAUGCCAUAUUUAAAUUAACACAGUUGCAGGGGAUUGGACUAGAUGAACCCUUUGGUGUUCCUACCAAUCCUACAAUUCUAUUAUUUAUCCGCUCCAAAAAAGAACCCUUUAUACAUGCUUUUAGAUUCACUUGUCUAGCUGUUCCCCAUUUUUAAUUUAUUGAUAUAUAUAUAAAGGCAACAUAGAGAACAGAAUCUUUCGCAGUUGUUUAUGGGGGAAGUGCUAGGUAGUUGGGAAGUUACCACGGAAUUUGCAUUGGGCUAAUGAUCCCCGUAGUAUUUCUUGCAUUGUGGGGAUGUGGGAAUAUAGCAAAAUUGUCCUGAUUUGCAUUUUUUAAAGAAACGUAGCAGGUCCACAUCACUUUGGGUUAGAUGGGCUCCAAUGAGUAGAGAGUCCUUGGGAAGUUAUAACUGUGGAAAUGGGUAUUUCUAUAAGGUAUGAUUGGGUUCUCCAUCUCAUAUUUUAUAAACGGACACAGUUUUGAUUUUGGUCUGAGCAACCCCAUUCAGGUACUGUAGUUUCACGAUACAUUGUUACAAGUUCUUUCUCUUGGUUUCCCACACCUUACAUAAUUCCCAGCUUCUUUUGCGGGUGUAAGGAAAGUGACCAUGAUUUUUGUGAGAUCUUUCCUGCUCAAGGUUGCUUUGGAGAUUCAUCAACUUGUCAAAUAUGGCCUCUCCCCACACCCCACUAUUAAAUCAAGUCACAGCUACUCUGACACUCGUUUCUCAGCACAGAAAAAUCCUGUAGAUCUCUUGAUAAAACAGGAAACCUUGGGUGUGGGGCAAGUUCAACCUGCCCUUGCAGAAAGCACGACUGAUCUUCCUGCUCAACAGCUGACAGGCAGGGGUUUGAAUCCUGCUUGGUCGCUCUCUCCCUCCAACCCCAUGGGCCAACUUUGGCAGGUGGCCAGGAUCAUCCACCUGUCAAGAGUUGACCUAUGGGUUGUGGGGAGAUGAAGAUCUGGCACGCCGAGCCAAAAAGGUUCCCCACCAUUGUUACGAAACUUACUCUGCUAUGAGAAGCUUGGUCUCUGCACAGAUUGAUUCUGGUUACCUAGACUUUUAUGGAAAGUGUUUUAUAAAAAGAGCUACCUCUGCAUUUGCGUCUAUUUUGGCCUGGCAAGCAGAAGGCAUGGAGCAGCCCUUUGGGACAGGAAGGUGGAGGUAAGCUAGGUAGAUGUUAGUUGAACAAACUGGAACGUCAUUGUUUAGUUGGUAAAUGAAGUCUUCCAGUAUCUUUUUAGAUAAAUCUGAAAUGUUCCAUUGAUAUUUUGGAGCCCAGCCCUAAGGUUGCGAGACAGCACGGAUAACACAGAACACAACUUUUAGAUUAAACAAAGAGCUGUUCUGAUGCAGAGCCAAGCACACUUCGCUGAAGAUGCUUUAUUUUAAACUAGAUGAAAUCUGGUUCAUGAAGAGCAACACAAUAGAAAAGCUGGUGAACACGGGGGAGUAAAAGGCACCAGGAAUUUGAACAUACAUUUGUGAAUAGGCUGCAUGUCCUAGACUACAACCCCACCCCCACCCCCACCCUCACCCUCCUGGUUGGGUUGAAUACUUUGGAAUGCAGAUAAGCAUCAGGAUAUCUAGAGAAGGCUACACCUGCUUGGGAUUGCUAACAAGAUGCUGCCAUUCAAAAACCAUGGUGUGUCUGUAAGCUUGUGAAAGAUGCAGAAGUAUAUUGGAGAUGUCAUUAAAACUGUAGCAUCCUUCCCCAACCUGGUGCCCACCAUGUUGACUGGGGCUGGUUGGAGUUGCAGUCUAAAACAUCUAAAACUACCAGGUUGGGGAAGGGAGUUGUAGCAUGUCCUGAGUUACGAUGGGUAUAUUGAAAUACACUUCUUUAAAAUCCUUGCUUAGUUCCUCCUAACAGUCUUCAACCCUGAACUAGUAAUUCAAGGUCACUGAAUAGCUUCUCACUGAGUAAUAUCAAGUACAAAUACUCUAGGAACUUUCAUUUCAAACUUAAGUGCCCAAAGCUCUUCUUAAGAGAAGUUGUAUAGAAAGUGUCUUAAAUUUUCUUUAGGUGGUCAUUCAUAUCAGGAUAAGAUUGAACACAAGUCUUUUGUCUUGAAGAGAUUUUAUCAUGAAUGCCGUAUAUUAUAUAUAAAAAAGUAUCUCUCGCUCAUUAGCACUGAGUGGGCUGAUUGGCCGGUAAUGGUAUAUGUUUCAGUCUCUUGGAGGCAACUGCUAACAGCAGCCUAACCACCACCACCACCCCUUUAAAAGGCAUGUGGCAUAGUCUAUAAAGGAGGAGAGCGUUCUCUGCAGACCUUUGGAAGGUUCAGUAGAGGAAUCCGCUUGUUUGGAAUGCAUUUAGAGCUGCUUGCCACUCCCCCCUUGUUUUUUGCUUGCUUUUUCUAAAUGUGUAAGAUGCUCUUGUGGCUCUCCUGUUGGGCAGAUGCAAGUUGUAGCUGAUCUCUCCACUCAAUUUGUCAUAGAAAAAUUGUAAUGAAAAAAUAAAUUUUGUCUCCUCUACAUUC